UCAUUCCAAAAAGGUCUCGUGAAACCAAAAUGGCCGCCAUCGCGUGUUUUUGGAGAAAGUUUGGAGUUACAUGAUGUUCUGAAGACGACCACCGUACCAUGUUAGACACAGAGAAGGAACAAGUUCGCUCGGCAAAGGGAAAACUUGGACAUCCCACCAUGCGGCCGGUUCCUCUUAUAUCCUCAGUACAGAGGAUCGUCUUGUACGAAACUAAAGCGCGAUUCUUCCUGGUUGGGUCCAACAACAGAGAGACUAAGUUCAGAGUUCUUAAGAUUGACAGGACGGAGCCCAAGGAGCUAGUCAUUAUUGAUGAUAAGGUUGAGUACACCCAGCGUGAGGUUCGGGAGCUGUUGUCUAUGUUAGAUGUGGGGAACAGAGCCACACGUCCAGCUCAGAAGGGCGGGGCAGGACUGACCAGAACGGUGUCUGCAUUCGGCAUCGUUGGUUUUGUCCGAUUCCUGGAGGGUUAUUACAUAGUGUUAAUCACCAAGAGAAGACGAGUUGCUAUCCUCGGUGGUCACACUAUCUAUAAGAUAGAAGACACCAGCAUGAUCUACAUACCCAAUGACAGUGUCCGCUACGCUCACCCUGACGAGUCACGAUACGUCAAGAUCUUCCAAAAUGUGGACCUCUCCAGCAACUUCUACUUCAGCUACAGCUAUGACCUGACUCACACACUACAGUUUAACCUGACGGCUGCCUGUAACUUCCUACCGUUCGGACGCACCAGGAAACAGGACAAACAGAUGGACUCUGGAGAUGAUGAUGAUGAGUAUGAUGAUGAUGAGGAGGAGGAGGGAGAAGAAGAGGGGACCAAGGAUCACGUGUUUGAAACCAGCGAGGAAAGCGGAGACGAGAAAAUAGAGGAAUCUGUGCCAAACGUGGAGCUAGAAAAAGGUCAUAUCUGUGGAGUCCAGAACUGCCCAGAGUACAAGUAUGUGUGGAACAGCCACAUGUUGGAGAAGUUUGAGGACAGAGUCCACCCGGACUGGAGAAUGUCCAUCAUACACGGCUUCUGUGCACAGUCAAAUGUGUGUGUGUAUGGCCGUCCUAUCUUCAUCACACUGAUUGCACGUCGGUCCAUUCUGUUUGCUGGGACCAGAUUUUUAAAGAGGGGAGCCAACUGUGAGGGCCAGGUAGCCAAUGAGGUUGAGACGGAGCAGAUAGUCCAUGAUGCCUCGGUGCUGUCGCUGGCCAGCGGGCGCUACACAGCAUACGUCCAGAUGCGGGGCUCCGUGCCGCUGUACUGGUCACAGGACAUCACCACCAUGAUGCCCAAACCUCCCAUUGGCUUGGACUUGGCUGAUCCAUAUGCGUACAUUGCUGGUCUUCACUUCAACGAUAUGAUGAAGAGAUAUGGUUCACCUGUCAUCAUCCUGAACCUAGUGAAGAAACGUGAGAAGAGAAAGCACGAGAGCGUCCUGACGGAAGAACUGGUCUCCGCCAUCAACUACCUGAACCAGUUCCUGCCCCCGCAGCACGCCAUCCAGUACAUCGCCUGGGACAUGGCCAGGUUCACCAAGAGUAAGAAUGUGAACGUGAUGGAGAGACUGGGUGAGAUAGCAGACCGUGUGGUGAUGAGGACAGGGUUCUUUAAGAGUGGUCCCCAUCUGUACUGCACCAAGCUCAGGCCUGAGGAAAAGUGUAGUGAGAUGCAAGGUGUAGCGGAGGAAUCUGGCCGUCGCCAGACCGGUGUACUGAGGACUAACUGUGUGGACUGUCUGGACCGUACCAACACAGCUCAGUUUGUGACAGGGAAGGUGGCCCUGGCUUUCCAACUGUACUCACUUGGGGUGCUGGAGGAUCCAAAAUUAGAAUUUGACACUGAUGCAAUAAGAGUGUUUGAGGAGUUGUAUGAGGACAUGGGUGACACCCUGGCCCUACAGUACGGUGGUUCCCAGCUGGUCCACAGUAUCCAGUCUUACCGGAAACUGUCUCCCUGGACCUCCCAUUCACGGGACAUCAUGCAGACUCUGUCCAGAUACUACAGCAAUGCCUUCUCAGAUGCUGAGAAGCAGAGUGCGAUUAACCUGUUCCUGGGAGUGUUCCUGCCCCAUGAAGGGCGUGCUAACCUGUGGGACCUGCCGACUGACUACUACCUGCACCACACCCACUCCCGGGGGGACUUCCCCAGGAUCAGGAGGAGUUACACACAGUGGUGGGAGAUUCCAGUCCUUCGAGCACUACCCUUACCACAGGAUGAAGUGUGCAGAGACCACAGGGACGGGCAGGUUGUCCACUGGGGAAGUAGAGAUGACGAGAGGCUGGAUGAGUUCUCGGAGUACUACCGACCCUUCCAGCUGACGGUGUUCGAGGACCUGUUUGUCAGUAACAUGCCACAUUCCAUCAAGGACUUCAUGCCAAAUCCAAGUGACCCCAAGUCGGACCCGUGCCCCUUUGCUGUCAGAAAAACAACCGGCAAGUUUGGGUUUGGGAGCGGCAGGAAGGCAAUCGGCGCGACCCCUCCCCCCACGGCGGCGCCGGAAGACAACAGCUCAUCGGAAAGUGACGUGUCGAGCGAGGAUGACCUGACGUCAUCGGCCACUCCCAUCAGCCCCCUGUCCUCCAGCUCUACACACGUCUCCUUCAAGGACUUGUUCCAAACCAUGAAGGAGACGUAUGGUGUUUCUAUCAACAACAUGGAGGCCAUGGACAGGAAGGACCUGGCCGUGUACAGGAGAUAUGUAAUGAUUGGGCUGAAUGCCUCCAAGCAGUUUACUGACCCAAAAGGAGUUCCACGGGCCAGGAAGGCCUUGACUGAGUUCUACCCCACCAGUGCGUUCAAGAUAGACAGCUCCAGAGAAGUCAUCCCUCCCACUGUGGACAAACGGUCCAAGAAAGUUUACGAGGACUACUUGGAACUGGGAAAGACGGGUCAUACCAAACCCAUCACAAGGGAGGACUUUGAAGUGUACAGGGGGUAUGUCAGUAAAAAAUACAAGUAAAACAUAGGAAAGUUUUAUCCAGCAGCUGUUGCAAACAUGUAUUUUUUUUAUAAAAACAAAACUGUGAAAUUGUAAUAGUCUUGUUGUAUAUUUAACAGUACUAGCAUAGUGUGUUUUAACACUUUAGAAUAUGUGCUUGAAGUCAAUGUAUGAUAUAGGUUAAGAGGAAAUAUGCUGUAUACAAUGUAUGUGCAAUAAUAUCUAAACAAUGUAUUGGAGAUAGAUAGUUGCAAUAUAGAAUAUUGUUGGAAUCAGAAAAGGAUUGAGAAGUAUGACUCUCAAAAAUGAGGAGGAGGCAUUAUAUGCAUUGUUAAAUAUAAUGCAAUGGUCUUGUUCAGAUUUACUCAACAAAGUCAAAGGGAACAUUUUAAGAAACAAAGUUAGGUAAGGAAUAUGUAUCGAAUACGAUAUCUUUGCAGUAUGAAUUAAAGGCAAAUACAAUUUCUUUGA